GAAACCGAGUGAAGCCGAGGCGGGAGUCCGUAGUCCUCUGCCGUUGCCGCACGUCACGUUGCCUGCGGUUGUUUUUUUUCUCUAUUUUAUUAUUUUUUUUAUCUCACAGCUCUCUGGGUCUGGGUGCCUUAUACAAUGUUCUUUGAUCUAGGAAGUCGCGUAGGCACCGUUUACGCAAUUUAAACCAUCUGACCUGAACGACGUGGGCCCCCAACCGCAGCGGGAGAGGUGGUUCAGCGGAGUAGCAGCGUUUGAUCUCGAUUUCCGCUAGCCGUCUUCGCUAGCUUAGCCGACGCGAUGGACCAUCACCAGGCGGCAAGCCGAUACCGAGUGUUGCAUAAUGAGGAUGACCCCUCUGAAGCUUCCUCCAGAGCUGAGGCUUCUACAUCCAGCCAUGAGCCCCCUCUGGCAGAACCGACUUUGUCAGUUGAUGUGGAGGCACCACCCCCUCCAUAUGCCAGCAUUGUGACUGGAGCAACGGCAGCACCAGAGGCUGGCUUUCAGGGGGACUUCCCGGUCCCUCCCCCAUACAGUGUGGCGACCUCCCUCCCCACCUACGAUGAGGCAGAGAAGGCCAAAGCGGCCGCCAUGGCAGCAGCAGCUGUGGAGGUGGCACAGCGGGAGGAGGAAUUUCCACCCCGGGAGGAUUUCAGUGAUGCCGACCAGCUGAGAGUUGGCAACGAUGGGAUUUUCAUGUUGGCCUUUUUCAUGGCUUUUCUUUUCAACUGGAUUGGGUUCUGCUUGUCAUUCUGCCUGACCAAUACUAUAGCAGGCAGAUAUGGUGCCAUCUGUGGGUUUGGCCUCUCUUUGAUCAAGUGGAUUCUCAUUGUGAGGUUUUCAGACUAUUUUACUGGAUACUUCAAUGGGCAGUACUGGCUCUGGUGGAUUUUCCUUGUUCUAGGUCUGCUGCUGUUCUUCAGAGGGUUUGUGAACUAUCUCAAAGUGCGUAACAUGUCUGAAAGCAUGGCAGCGUCCCACAGAACCCGUUUCCUAUUUACCUAUUAGAGGUAAGGAAUCUGCUCAGUCCUGUAUGUUAUGAGCCAUGGAGGUAGUCACCGUAAAACCAAAUGUGUAUUUUUUUUUUUAACAGUCUGUUUGAGAAUGGCUUUCAUUUUGAAGCCUUUCUUACAAUUAUAAGUUAAAUUUUAUCUGUGAUGAUUUAAAUUUUUAAAUUGGUAAAACUAAAUUGAGCAGAGGUGGUUUUUGACUGUGAACAGAUGGUCUCUGGUUCAGAUCCCUUGGCUUGCAAAGUGACAUCACAUUUGGGCAAAGCCCUCAACCCAGUUAGCUCUAAAGAUGCUGGCUGACCCUGAUCUCUGUGCGUCGCUUUGAACAAAAAUGGCUGCCAAAUAAAUGUAAAUGCAAUGUAAAUAAAUUGAUAUGACUAAGGGCACUCUUAUCAUAGCAAGGUCUUUCUAAAAGUAAAGAAUAGGAUAGAUUUUUUUUUUAGAUUUGACAAUUCUUUCUUUAUCUUUUCUUAGUACUUGGUAUGGGAUAAAUGUAACACCAUGAGUGAAACACAGUAACUUCCUUAUGUAUUGCAGUCUUUUUCUUUUAAGGUUGGGCUACCAGAUGUCCCCUGCCCCAUAAAUGUCAAAACCUCAUUAUGAACAAAUUUAAAAUAUAAGCUGUAUCCCAGGCUACAGGAACUAAGAAAUGGCGCUGUGAACCAAAAACAAAAACUGCUAAUAGAAUACAUAGAAAGGUCUUGUAUUAACGCUUCUUUUAAAAAUCCCCACCGAUCAUAUUUACUUUCUUCCCCAUGAUGAGAAAACAAGCCUCAUCCCAGAAAGCAGUAGUUGGCAUGUUAGCAGCAUCGGGUGUAUUUGAAAUGUGUUUCUUCCACUCCCCUCUCCCCACGAUAUAAGACGAACAAUGAAGAGUUAUGUAGUCCUGAGAAUGAGUUACACAACACAGUUUUGCCACUUAUUUUUCGGUCAAGAUUUUGGAAUCUGCGGACUUUGCACUGUAUAUCUGAUAUUUAAACAAUAUUCACUUUUAUUAAUCCUCAAUCUGAUUUGUGUCAUAACUUAAUUAGCCAAUCCAUAUUACGAAUUAUUAUACUAUUCAAGAACUUUAUUUUUUUCCUUUUAACAUGACGUGUGACAUUGUGGUGUGUAAAUGUACAGCCUUGCCAAUUGUUUAUUAACUGGAAUUUGUACUUAAUCAUGAUAUUUGCAUUUUUGCAGUUUCAUUUGAAUUACAGAUUUUGAAAUGUAGCAUAAUAUGCACAGUACAGAAUAUCUGACAUUUUAACACUAGCUCCAAGGAUGACUUUCUGUCCAAAUUGUCCCCGGUGCUGUCCAUCGCUUGAAAUUUUUGUGGUAGUUUGAGUCUGAUCUGAUCUGAUCUUUACAUCCCUCAUUUUAUUGUGGACAAAUACUGACCUGCCACACAUUGGGACACAUGCAGAAUGUAGUAUGCAUGCACACUAGGGGUGUCUCUAGAGCAUGGUGGGUUACCAGAGAUGUGUCAGAACUCACACUUGCACAGCAGAUGCUUUUGUCACUUCAUGUUAUGCUUCAUUCUGUGCAAAGGCAGUAGAUGGGGAUAGGAGAUUCCCUUCUGGAAGUAUCAUCAAGCUUGGAAGUUGGAAAACAUUUAUCCUUUGUUAUAAUUAGCUAUAUUUUUUUCUCUUUUCUCCCAGAUGGAAUGUAUUUUCCUAAACUGUGCCAUGUCUUGAAGUUGAUUUCAUAAUUAUUAUUAUAAUUAUUAAUAUUACUAUUGAGCCCUACUCAUGUCAUUCCAUAAGACACUGUUUAGCAAUUUAAGGUCUUAGAAUUAAAAAGACCACAAAUGCAUGGUUAACUUGAUUGAGCUGGCUGAUAUAGUAUAACAAUGCAAUAUUAGUGUUUAAAAUAUACUUUUUUAAAAUUGGAAACACUUCUGAUUAUCUUGACAUAUGUACGUUUAAUGUAAAUUGUUCUAAGUCAGCAGAACACUAAUAAAGUUUAAAAUGCAUCUUGUAAA